CCGGGCAGGUGGCGCCGGCGACAGGGGCCUGGGCGCGGAGCACGGCUCCGCGGGUGAGACCAGCGGGCGGGCUCCCGUCCACCACGCGCCCCUGGGAGCCCCCACGUCCUCUGCGCGCCCCUACCGGGUAGAGCCCUCGGAAAGGUUCCCCGUGCAGCGCCGAGUGUUUGGAGACGCUUAGCGACUAAGCGCCCGUCCAGAGCACGACCCCAGGGGGCUCGGCGCCCGCACCUGACGGCCCGGUGACGGAGGAAAAGCUUGUUGCCCACAGAUGCCCCCUCUCUACCUAAAGGAGCAGCAGGCCCCAGCCCGAAGCCCAGUGUGAAGUGGCAGAGAUGGCGCUGAGCCCAGAGCCAUCAAGCAGGUUCCCGGUGCCAGCUACAAUGGGCAGCGCCAUGCCCGAGCUGCCUGGUGCCCCCAAUGCGUCCCUCAACAGCUCAUUGGCUAGCCCGACGGAGCCCAACUCCCUGGAGGACCUGGUGGCCACAAGCACUAUCGGAGUGGUGCUCUCGGCCAUGGGUGUGGUGGGCAUGGCAGGCAACGUGUACACGCUGACGGUCAUGUGCCGCUUCCUGCACACCUCUGCCUCCAUGUACGUCUACGUCAUCAACUUGGCGCUGGCGGAUCUCCUCUACCUGCUCAGCAUCCCCUUCAUAGUAGCUACCUACAUCACCAAGAGGUGGCACUUCGGCGACGUGGGCUGCCGCGUCCUCUUCAGCCUGGACUUCCUAACCAUGCACGCCAGCAUCUUCACCCUGACCCUCAUGAGCAGGGAGCGCUACGCCGCCGUGGUGAGGCCCCUGGACACAGUGCAGCGUUCCAAGGGCUACCGCAAGGUCCUGGCACUGGGCACGUGGCUGCUGGCAUUGCUGCUGGCACUGCCCAUGAUGCUGGCCAUCCGGCUGGUCCGCAGGGGCCACAAGAGCCUCUGCCUGCCAGCCUGGGGCCAGCGCACCCACCGCGCCUACCUGACGCUGCUCUUCGGGACCAGCAUCGUGGGGCCCGGCAUGAUCAUCGGACUGCUCUACGUCCGCCUGGCCCGGGCCUACUGGUUGUCACAGCGGGCCUCCUUCACGCAGACGCGACGGCUGCCCAACCCCAGGGUGCUCUAUCUCAUCCUGGGGAUUGUGCUGCUCUUCUGGGCCUGCUUCCUACCCUUCUGGCUGUGGCAGCUCCUUGCCCAGUACCGCGGGGGCCCACCGCUCGCUCCCCGCUCCGCCCGCAUUGUCAACUACCUGACCACCUGCCUCACCUAUGGCAACAGCUGUGUGAAUCCCUUCCUCUACACGCUGCUCACCAAGAACUACCGUGACUACCGCCAACGCUCGCUCCACAGCAGGGGCACCGGCGGGCCUGUGGGUGUCCGCAGCUUCCCGCAGGGCCACACCCGCUGCCAGCGCGGCUCGGGUCGCUCCGUGUCCUCCAGCAGCCAGCAGGCCACUGAGACCAUCGCACUGUCCCAGGCGGUCCCCAGGAGUCUCUGCGUCUGAGAGUCCCCAGCCUCCCUGUGGGCCCUGGGGGUAGGCUGUGGGGACUGGCCCCUGGAGCCCAGGUCCCUCCUGGACCACCCUCCCCACUGUCUGCCGCCCUUCCCCAGUCCUCUUCCAGAAAGCUCCUGGCUAUCCCUCACCCCUCACUCACUUCAGCUCCAUCAGAGCAGCUACUUUCCUCAUAAUGCCCAGAAGUGCUCCCUACCCUGUCCAUCUGUGAGGGUCUGCAGGAGGCUCGGGCCCAGGGCCAGCUCCUAAAGACCGUGGUUGAGUGGAGUCUUCACAGGCCCCCUGCAGACAAGAGUGCAUACCUGACGCAUGACAGGGUACACUGUGGCAGGUGACACCGUGUCGCCACACAAGCUGCCUGCGUGGGACCCUCCUCCUGGCACAAGCGCGGCCCCGGUGGCACCCAUUUCUCCCAACUGCCAUGUGGUUCCAUCCCUCACAGCUUCAGAACCUGGAACAAUAAACGCUGAGCUCCCUGA